AUGUCCUCACCUCCACCACUUCCUCCCCGAACCCCUUCCUACCUUUCGCCUUACCCUCUCGAUAAUCCCCUGCUACAUGUCUCCGACCCGCGCACCUCAUCAACCCAAUCCCUCGUCCCCUCCGAAGCAUCGCUCGGCAAACGAAAGCUCCUCAUAGUCUAUAUCCAUGGCUUCUACGGAAAUGACCAGUCGUUCAGAUCCUUCCCCGCACAUGUUCACGCGCUGUUAAAGGAGCUGCUGGCCGAGACUCAUGUUAUUCAUUCCAAGAUAUAUCCGCGGUACAAGACGUACAAGGCAAUAGAGGUCGCCAGGGAUAACUUCAGUGCGUGGUUGGAACCGCAUGAGGGCGACGGCACGGAUGUGGUCCUUGUUGGGCAUUCGAUGGGGGGGCUUUUAGCUGGUGAGCUUGUUUUGAUGCCAAAUACAAAUCCCUAUAAAACGCAGCCCUUCAAGCAUCGCAUCUUAGGCACCGUUGCCAUGGAUUCGCCAUUUCUGGGAUUACACCCUAGCAUUGUAGUUUCAGGUAUUGCGGGAUUAUUUCAACCCUCACCGAAUCAAGGGGACCUGCAUGAGCAGCAACAGCAACCAGGACAGGAAGAGCUGAGCACUUCUCCUGGCCCCGAGCCAUCCAUCGACUCACGGAUUGACCUGAUAGACACUGGAGCUUCGCCACGCCCACAGCGACAGCCUACCGAUCCCCAUUUUGAUCCACCUUUUUACAAUGACGCCCCGUUCCUGGAGAAGCCCUUGGUCAAACGUCUCAUCAACUUCACCGCCAAACACAAACGCGAGGGGCUGCUCAACGCGGUUGGAAGACACAUCAUUUCGCACUUGGAGUUUGGUGGAUGUCUGGCUGACUAUCGUGGUCUACAUGUGCGCUAUAACCGACUCCGAGCACUAGAGGAUGUUGAUGAAAUCAGAAAUAUAGCUGAAGGUUACCCGACUGGUGCGUAUGCCAGAGUUCGGUUUGUAAAUUACUACACUUUGUCUCCUGGUCGACCUAAGCCAGUCAAAGCCGACAAAGAGCAGAGCCAGGAAAUACAAGCAGCGCGGAACUCUGCAGACCUGCAGCUUGCGGAGCUUGAUAUCCAGGAUAUCUCAGCCCCAAAGAGUCCGGGUCCCCCAAUACCAAAUAAGCCAGAGAAGGAAGGUGAAGAAACCACCCAGUUCGGCGCAGAUCCGGGUCCCCAAGUAGCGGACACCGCCGAAACUAGCACCGUAAAAAAUUCACAAAACAAAGGAGAUGGACAGCACGAAACCCCAGCAGAGAAUGCCCUCGAAAUAACUCCAGACAAUGCUCGCCGAAUAUCCAUGCAAGAUAUAGACCCCAUCCCCUUUGUCGAAGUCGAAACCAAAGAAUCCCGGGGCCAAACCGCAACCGCAACCGCAACAGAUGAUCUCGAUCUCCCUCCUAUUCCUGACCUCCCACACAAACCCACUUUCCCAGAUAUAGACGCUAAUCUCGACAAGGACGCCAGAAGGCAAGCUGAAAGAGAAUCAAAACGCCUCCAAAAAGCCUACCUACAAGCUGUCAAGGACCGCGCCGAGGCGGUGCAAGAGCGCGAGAAGGUACUCGAGAGGAGACGCAAAAAGGCUGCCAAAAAGGCAGAAAAGCAGGCCAAGGGCUCCGAGAAGUCGAGAGCUAAACAAGAGAAGCAGGCAGAGAAAAGGCGUGUUCGUGAGGGAAAGCAAGCUGGCGAGUCCGUUCCCGCCGGGGGAUACGGGGAACGGGACGGCGCCGAAGAUGCAGAGAGGCCAAAGAAACUGAAAAAGUUUUGUGUCUUGCCGAGUAAACGGGACGGGGCGAGCGAUCCAACCUGGGUAGAUGUAUACAUGGACGGGCUGGAUGUAAUCGGUGCGCACUGCGGACUGUUUUUUCCCGGACCGCAUUACGAUGUGUUGGUCGGGGAUGUGGGGAGUAGGAUCGCGGCAUGGGUUGGAGACGAGCUGACCAAGAGAGCUAUAUUAGAGGCUGAGUAA